UUGAAACAUGGCGGAGGUCAGGCAACGAUUUGUUGGACGUACCUACGACCUAGCACUCAAAAUAAGUAACCGUUACUGCCAAGACAGUCAGAAUAAUGGAGGUAAGAAAAUAUUUCAGACCACAUCUCUCUCCCCGAGAUUUCUGCUGGAAAAUUUUCAAAAUGGCGACGUUUUUGGAGCCGAAAAUGCCGCUGGGAGAGUGACCGGUGGAGUUUCACCGGUCAGUUACACAAGAUUUACACCGGUGUUUGGUAAAUAUGGACAUGCUUGUGAAAAGGAAAACAACGCCAAGGAGGAAUAUAACACUGGACUGGAGUGUUCACUUUCUAAGAAAACUCGAGCUCAAAAUACAGAGAGAAUUUUUCGUCAGAGCAGGAGCAAUAUCAUGUUAAAGAGGACUUUCUUCACCUUCAAGUCUGCUUCACAGCAGAGCCUGUUGCACCAACGAUUGUCUUCUAGACAUGGAGAGUUUGUGUUUUUGAGAGCUUACAGUGGUAACGGAUCCCACUCAGAGCCCCUUUAUAAAACCAAAACAGGUUACUACGAAAUCUUGGAGGUGACGCCUAACGCCACUCAAGCCCAGAUAAAAACAGCCUACUACAAACAGUCCUUCAUCUACCACCCGGACAGAAAUGCCGGCAGCGACGAGGCCACUGUCCGCUUCUCAGAGAUCAGUGAGGCCUACACCGUGCUGGGAAACAAGGCCCUGAGGAAGAAGUACGACCGAGGUCUGCUUAGCCAGUCAGACCUCACCGCGACAGCCAGACCCUCCUCCGCCCGGGACACCUCAGGGAGCUCCGCCAAACAGCAGCCGGAGAGGCGGCGGUCCGUGAUGGGCGCAGACAUCCGAGGGGGUGCCUUUGAUUUCGAUAAGUUUUACAAGGAGCACUACGGGGAGCAGCUACAGAGACAGAGAAACAUCAAGGCCCGCAAAGAGGAGAUGCUGAGGAAGAAGAAGGAGUCGAUUGCGGAGAAGAAACUGAGCAGGGUGUCGGAGUUGGGAGUGUGGGUGAUGCUGCUGAUGGCCAUUGGUAUACUCAUCAACUUAAAACGGGGUUAAUAUGUGAUGGGAAUGAGGCAUGUUGUUUUUGACACUUUAAUUGGAAUCAUUACUGUCACCAUAAACACUACUCAAAGGACUUCUGUUUGUCCUCUUACCUCCUCAGGACACUUUUACUAAAUGUUGUGAACAAUGGAUGAUGUACCAUCAGUGUUGGGCAAUUUUUAACAGUGCAAUUCAACAGGAAAUCUUCCUCUGAAAAACUGCAGAUCAUAUUUUUAACUGCAGUAGGUAUUGUUAAAGAUAUUCUGCAGCAUUUCAUUAUAGUACUGUAAGCACAGCGUUUUCAGUGGUUCCGUGUUUACAUGGACACGUUUGCUCUGAUAUUAAAAUAAGAAGUACAGAUAUAUUUUUAAAACCAUUAUUAGAAACAUAAUGUAUAAGGGACAACCUAAAAGAUGGGGACAAAACAAAGAGACUAUGUUAAUUUUUGUGCAAAAAGUCAACAGUUUGGAAGAAAAAAAAUGAGAUUAUGAAAUCUCAUAUUUACAAGAAAUCAAACUUAGAAUUUCAGUUUAAAAAUCUGAAAUUUACAAGAAAAAAAAUAUAAAUUUACAAGUUUAAAAAAACAAUUUGGACACUAAAAUCUUUUAAAAAAUGGAAGUGUUGUAUAUCGUAUAUUUACAAGUGUAAAAGUCGAAAAAUCAAAAGUAACCAAACUGAAAACUGUGGUUUGAUUUUUGACUUUUUACUCUCAAAAACAUUUGGUUCAUGUACUUUUUCAACUUUAAAGUAUUUUUUUCCUUGUAAAUUGAUGACUCUUUAAACUUGAAAAUUAUUUUUUUUCCCCCAGAAAAUUAACAGAUCCUCUAUUAUUUUAUUGUCUUAGAGUGGCCAUAACACACUGUCAUAAUAAUGGACAUGAGUACGGAGGGCCCCAACCACUGGUUUAGGUGAUGCUUUAAGAUGAUUUCCUUUGGGUGCACUCUUUGUCCAUCUAGUUUGCCCACUUAAUGCUAUUCUGUUGGAAUGUAUAUUUACACAUGUCAAAAUCACAAUUUUAUCAGUCUAAUAUACCACACAAAUCCUGUAUGAACACACCGAAGGAGGAAGUAUCAGUGGUUGAUUUACAACCUGGUAGUACUUGUACCUUUUGACUUUCAUAAAGUCAUCUGUUUAGCAGAUUUCUUUAUUUUUGAUCUUAAAGCAAGUAUAGAUUUUGUUUUAAUGUAUUGCUAUUUAUUUAAAAUAUUUGUAGCAAUAUAAAAAAUUAAGGGAGAUGUGAAUGAGCUAUAUUUGAGAGCCAGUUAACGGGUGGAAAUACUGGAAGUGUGGUUUUAUGUUGAGAUUAAGCUCAAGAAUGUGCCUUGGAUGAUACUUAAUGUGAAGUUCACUGAUUUUAUUGUCCAAAUUCUGAACUAAUAAAUGAUUUAUGA